AUGGCUACCUCUGUGUACCCUGGGGAAGACCCACAACUUAGAAUGGCGAAUGAAAAGAUAGCUAACCUGCUGGAAGAUGUUCGCCGUCUCUCAGCUGAGCUGAGGGACAAAGACGCUCUGCUGGCCAGGACUAUGGAGGUGACCCACGAGCAGUCCAUGAGGAUUGCCUCUCUCUCUGCGGCCUUCCAGGACACAGCACCCUGGGAUCCCUCUUGUCCACGACCCUCGUCCUGCUCUACACCCAACCGCCAGCGAUCGUGGACAGAGGUAGUGAUCCGGGGCAGGCAGAAGACCCCAGUCAGAGCCGUCUCGCCUCCACUCUCCCUCUCGAACCGCUUCAUGGCCCUGUCGCAGAUUGAAGAAAGGCCAGCAGUUUUCUCCGCACCAGCGGCCAACGGCGUUCCAGCGGCUUCCUGCUCCAACGGCCCGGCAGCUCCCCCUCCGCUGCUGGACACCGAGACGGCUGCACACUCCGCCGGAUCGGCGUCCCCGCCGGUUGCAGUCCCGUAUCAGCAGCUGUCAUCCCGGGCCUCGACCUCUGCUUCACGCCGGAGGCUCCUCGAGGAGGCUGUGCGGAGGCGUUCCGGGAGCCUCCACUGCCCUGCCACGGCCCUGGAUCGUCGUCCCGGAGCUGAGUCGGCUGCCUACCAUAACGGUCAUCACCAUCCGGAGCCCACGGAGCUCACCUCCACCAGAUCUGGCACUGCAGCCGGCACAAGGACCUCCGCCUCCCCUCCCGCUGAGCGGCCCGCCUCAGCGCUACAGCGGACGGACACACGCCCAGCUCCGGCUCCUCUCCCUGCCCGUAGCCCGAAGGUGUCAGCGAAGCGUUCCCCAGCUCCAGAUGGAGGCGUUGCUGGCCUGUCCCACCGGCCACCUCGUCCUCUGUUUAGUCCCACAACUCUCAUCAUCGGCGACAGCAUCGUCAGAAACAUCCGUUUCUUCAACGCCACCACUCGGUGUUUUCCUGGCGCCACCGCUGCUGGACUCCUGGACAAACUUCCUGAGCUGCUACAGUCCAUCCCAUCCUCAGUGUGCCGUGUGAUAAUUCAUAUAGGAACAAACGACACGACCCGGCGACAGUCUGAGCUGAUGAAACAGGAUUUUAUGGACCUCUUUAGACUUAUGGAAAGCUGUGCAGGCACUAAUUUUAAUAAAGCUUUUAAGACGCCAUCUGACGCCCUCUGUGAGAACUUUGCAGACCACUUCAGAACCAAAAUCAAGGACAUCAGAUCCAGCCUUUUAUCCCUACAAGUUUUACCUGUGAACACACCGGAUCUGCUGUCCUUACCUGAGGAAACGCUGGAGAGUUUUGCCCUGGUUGAUGCAAGGACGCUUGGUCGAGUUUUCUUCCAAGUGAACCCAACAACCUGCCUUUUAGAUCCAAUUCCCACACCUCUCUUAAAAUCAUUUUAUGGAUUCUUUGAGGAACAAUUUCUAAACAUUAUAAAUUGCUCUGUUCAGACGGGUGUCUUCCCCACUGCCUUUAAAACGGCGGUGGUGAAGCCCCUUCUGAAGAAGAGCAAUUUAGAUCCCAAUGUUCUCAAUAACUACCGUCCUGUAUCCAACUUACCAUUUUUAAGUAAAAUUUUAGAAAAACUGGCUUUUAACCAAGUCAGUGACUUUUUAAACAGAAUUAACAUUUUAGAAAAACAUCAGUCUGGUUUUAGAAUGAACCACAGUACAGAGACAGCACUUUUAAAGAUUUUAAAUGACAUCAGGUGGAAUCUGGAUAAUAAAAAACUCACAGUGUUGGUUCUACUGGAUCUAAGUGCUGCUUUUGAUACAGUAGACCAUCAUAUUUUGUUGAACAGACUCAAACACCUGGUCGGCCUCUCUGGUACUGUUUUUAACUGGUUUGAUUCCUACCUCACAGACCGUUGCUUUUAUGUAAGCAUGGAUACGUGUUCCUCAGGAACCCAUGAAAUUAAGUGUGGGGUUCCCCAAGGGUCAAUUUUAGGUCCCAUUCUUUUUAAUCUUUAUAUGCUUCCUCUUGGGGACGUCAUCAGGAGACACGGCAUCAGUUUCCAUAGCUACGCUGACGAUACACAGCUGUACAUUGCCGUGUCUCCUGAUGACACAGGGCCAAUAGAUUCCCUUUUAAACUGUAUUUUAGACAUUAAGUCAUGGAUGGCAGUGAACUUCCUACAGCUCAACCAGGACAAAACUGAAGUUUUAGUCAUAGGUCCUGAAGGCCAGAGAGAGAAACUUUUAUCUAAACUACAAGAUUUUAAACCAGCAAACUUUGUAAAAAACCUGGGCGUGAUUUUCGACUCUGAGCUGAAUUUUAUGCCACAUAUUAAGAAUAUAACAAGAAUAGGUUUUUAUCAUCUGAAGAGCAUAGCCAGAGUCCGCCCGUUUCUCUCUCAGGCCAGCAUGGAGGUGCUAAUGCAUGCUUUUAUCUCUUCUCGUUUAGACUAUUGUAAUGCCCUGCUCUCUGGUCUUCCUAAAAAGAGUAUUUUAAAUCUACAAUUAUUGCAAAACUCAGCCACACGCGUGCUGACGAGGACCAGAGGGCGGGAACACAUUACACCAGUUUUAAAGUUGCUGCAUUGGCUCCCCGUCCGCUUCAGGAUCGAUUUUAAGGUUCUUUUAUUAGUUUUUAAAUGUCUUAACGGCCUUGCGCCUUCUUAUUUAUCUGAUCUCCUUUUAACUUAUCGACCCUCGCGGAUCCUGAGGUCCUCUGGCAGUGGCCUUUUAUCCAUACCACAAGCCAGGACAAAAACCCACGGUGAGGCGGCGUUUAGCCACUAUGGCCCCCGUCUGUGGAACAGCCUGCCGGAGAACCUCAGGACUGCAGAGACCGUCGAUAUUUUUAAAAGAAGGUUAAAGACUCACCUUUUUAAUCAGGCUUUUAACUAACCUCUUAAAUCUUCAUGUUCUUAUCAUUUUGUAUUUAUUUUCGUAUGUUCUUUUACUUUUUUUAACCUUUCACCUUUUUACUUAUGUUAUAGGUCUUUUAUUCUAUCUUGUAGUUUUAAAUUUUUAGUCAUUUAACUCCAGUGUUUCCUCAGGGGGGGUCCUCCACACUGGGGGCUGUAUCUGGUCUCCCACUGGGGGUGCUGUCCAUGGGUCCCUUCAGCCCAGCUGGUUGGGGGGGGCUCCCCACCUCGGUGUGGGAGUCCCCCUGUCUGUCGGGGUCGGGGGGUCUGGGUGCCAGCGCCCCCAGUGGUCAUGGCCUGUGACUCCUCCCAGUGUGGACGACCCCAAUUGGAGGCGUUUUCCACAAUCGUUAGUGCCAUGCCAUGUCUCCCUACUGUCAGUGGUGGGAGUGUGUGUCUGUGGGCGUGUGUGUGUCUGUGUAUGUAUGUGUGUGUCUGUGGGCGUGUG